AUGAAGUUUACAAACAUUUUACUCUCUACUGCUGCUCUCUCCACCGUCUUUGUGGCUGCUGCUCCUACUGGUGAAAUUUCUCGCUCUAAUUCUAUGUUAGCCAAGGAAGAAAAGUGGGACCAUGACAAGUACAACUAUGAAAACAAAGAAUGCAACGAAUAUGAUCAAGACGGUCAUAAGCAAUGCAAGGACUAUGAAAGCAAGAAGUACUAUGAUGAAGACUACGAAAGCAAAGAAUACAAGGAUGAUCAUAAGGAUGAAGACUACGAAAACAAAGAAUACAAGGAUGAUCAUAAGGAUGAAGACUACGAAAACAAGAAUGAUGAUCACAAGGACCGUCAAGUAAAGGACUAUCGUGGCAAGGACGGCCAAUACAAGGAUCGUCAAUACAAGGACUACAAGAACAAAGAGAGUGAUGACAAGAAGGGUGAUAAGAAGGAUGAAGACUGUGAAGAUGAAGAGAACAAGGAAAAGAACAAGGAAAAGAACAAGGAAAAGAACAAGGAAGAAGACAAGGAAGAAGACAAGGAAGAAGACAAGGAAGAAGACAAGGAAGAAGACAAGGAAGAAGACAAGGAAGAAAACAAGGAAGAAAACAAGGAAGAAAACACGGACUAUAAGGACCAAAACAAAGAUGAAAAUAAUGAAGAGAACAAGAACCAGAACAGCGACUACAAGUAUGAAAAUAAGGACUACAAGAGCAAUGAAAACUACCACGGCAAUGAAGACUACAAGAAUGAAAACAAGGAGUACAAGUACGAAAAUAAGGAUUACAAGGGCAAUGAAGAUCCCAAUGACUAUUAA